CUCCCUUCGACGUCGGCACCAUGUCUAAAGCCGAGAUUCUGAGAGGAAUCGUGGCCGAUAAACUGACAACAGCCGCGCAGGAGAUCUUCGCGGUCGUCCAGAGAACCGUGGCCGGCUACGAGGAGGAGGCGUCGGGUCUGAGGCAGGAGAUCGACCGGCAGAGGAGGCUGCUGGAGCUCCUCGCGCAGCCGGAGAUCAAGCUGGAGACGACAGAUGACCAGUUUCCUGUCUGCCAGCCGGCUGAAGGAGGAAGAGGAGGAGGAGGAGGAGGAGGAGGAGGAGAACCUCCUGAGGAAGAAGAGCAGUACACAUAUGAGUUCAGUACGUCUUUAAAUCCUCUUUAAAGAUAAUGAAUAAAGUUAAUUCAAUCAGCCGGUUUUAGUUUUCUGACACCAUCCAUCCAUCCACUAUCCAAACCGCUUAUCCUGUUGAGGGUCGCGGGGCGCUGGAGCCGAUCCCAGCUGACAUUGGGCGAAGGCAGGGUUCACCCUGGACAGGUCGCCAGGUCAUCGCAGGGCACAAACGUGUUAAAUAAAGAUAAUAAGUAGAAUAAAUACUUCCUCCAUCGCUGCGUACUUCCUCUCUGUACUCGUUAAAACACAAAGUGAACCACGUUUAGUUCUCUCAGUUGUUGCAAAAUCAAAAUGUCGACUCUUUUUAUUUAUGUAUGUUUUUGUUCAGAUAUGGACUCUGGAGACUUCUUCGGCCACGCUGAGGAGGAGGAGGAGGAGGAGCCAGGACAGAGCACCAGUCUGGAUCAGGAGGAUCUGAGGGACCCGGAUCACCAGAGACCGUCUGUGGAGAGGAAGGGGGCUCCUCUAAACCUCCGAGUCGGUCUGCUGCAGGACUCUCAGAGCGACUCGCUCACAGAAGACGAGGUGAAGUCCCCGGUGCAGGAGGUGAGGUGUCCCCGAGGCCUGCAGGAACCAGACUUCCUGGACCUGCUGAGGUCCACCUUCCCUCAGCUGACCGGACCGUUUGACGCCUUCACGACCGACGCGGCCGAGAAACUGAGGCCACUGAGCCUCCAGACGCUGACGCCAGAGGAGAUCCAGAGGUGCAUCGGAUCCACGGGGAGAGGAGCAGCAGCGCUGUACAUCAGAGUGAAGGCUCCUCCGCAGAUAAAAGACGAAGACAUCGAAGACGCAAGAAGUUAUGAAAGCUGUCCGCAUGCAAGUGACGAUAUUUCGGGGGAGUCUCUCGGUACCAUAGAAGAAGCUCACUCUCUCUCUGUGACGGCAUCGACAUCGGCGGAUUGCCAUGAGAGAGGAGGUUUGGUGGUGCAUUCAAUGCCCAAGAAACUGAGAGGAGCGGUGGGACUCAAAAAUCACAGCUGUCAGCACUGUGACAAGUCCUUCACAACAUCAAGAUAUUUAAAGAUCCAUGAGAGAGGUCACUUUGAAGAGAAACCGUACGGUUGUGACCUGUGUACCAAAGCCUUCACCACUCCGUUUGACCUGAAGAGACACCAUCGUGUUCACACUGGAGAGAAGCUACACGGCUGUGAUCAAUGUGGGAAAACCUUUUUUCACAUUAGUAGCCUUAAAGCCCACCAGCGCACUCACACCGGAGAGAAACCAUACGGGUGUGAACAAUGUGAGAAAAUGUUCACUCAGUUACCGCAAUUAAAAAUCCAUCAACGCAGCCACACGGGAGAGAAACCAUACGGCUGUAACCGGUGUGAGAAUGUGUUCGCAACUCCAGGUGUUCGGAAAAUCCACAUGCACGUUCACACGGGAGAAAAAACGCAUAGCUGUGAGUUUUGUGGGAAAACUUGCAAAACAUCAAGUGACCUUAAGAUCCACCGACGUAUUCACACUGGAGAGAAACCGUACAGCUGUGAUCUGUGUGAGAGAACAUUCACCACUCCGGGUCACCUGAAAAUCCACAGACGUGUGCACACGGGAGAAAAACCGUACGGUUGUGAUCAAUGCGGGAAAGCUUUCGCUACUCCGAGUAAUCUGAAAAGCCACCGACGUAGUCACACCGGAGAGAGACCGUACAGCUGUGAUCAAUGUGAGAAGUCUUUCACCAUUCCAGGUCACCUGAAAACCCACAGACUUAUUCACACUGGAGAGAAACCGUACAGCUGUGAUCAAUGUGGGAAAGCCUUCGCCACUCAAGGUAAUCUGAAAAUCCACGGACGUGUUCACGCCGGGGAGGAACCUUAAGGCUUCGAUCAAUGAGGAAAACCUGUUUUCUAAGGUAAAAAACAACCUGAAAGUCCACCUGCGCAUUUAUGCUGGAGAGAAACCAUACAGCUGUGACUAACGUGAUAGAACUUUCACUACUUCAGUAGUAGUGCUCUUCUUCAUCUGGACGGCCACAUAAACACGUAAAAAACUGAGCAGAGUAAAUCAUUUAAAAAGGAAGUAUCUUGGAGUUUUGCUGUGGAACAUUGUGGAAAUUUCAAGUACACGUGAAAAUAAUCGGACAAAAAUAACAAAAGUGUAAUGAUUGUAUUCUUAAGUUUGUGGUAUUUGCUGUGCUACUAAAAUCAUAAAUGUACUGCAAUAGUGUAUAGUUGUGUUUAAUGGUCAAAAGGAAACAUGUUGGCGACACAUUUAAUAUAUCAUGUUUUUAAGCUUCCCAUUUAUUUGGAUCACGAAAACUACAGUUCUGAACUACAUUUCACAUGAGUACUUGCUUGACAAAGCACAGGUCUGCUUGAUGUAUUUGUAAACUCUUUGCCAUUUGAUGAAGGCCCACAGACAGAGCUUGGCUUUAUCAAUAACAAUGUACACCUUUUACAAUUUGAUAUACUAGUGCUGGGCAAACGAUUACAAUUUUUAAUCGCGAUUAAUCGCAUUGUUAUGGCAAAGUUC